UUACCUUUGUACUCUAGGCAGGCCUAGAGUACAGCCAGGUAUACCUGGCUGGGUGGGACCAGAACUGGCUGCCAUCCUGACGCGUCCCAGAGCUGCUGGCAGGUUUGAAUCCAGGAUCUUUAAUGGCUCUGCUUACUGUCCCCUUCUCUCAUCUCCAGAUUUCUUACUUUUCCCCACUUGGGCCUUUCCCACAGAUGACUGCUUCUUGUAGCUCCUGCUGCCUACAUGGGGCCCUGUGCUAGUCACAGACUUACUACCCAACUACAAACAGGGUAAAAGUCCACUCAUGAUGUCCCCUUAGAGAUACCCAGCACAGUUUCCUGGCAAGCAAAUACGCUGGGAAGGAUGGACCCCAAGGCAUUCUCCCCUGUGGGAUGACUUUGGGGAUCAAGCUGAGAUGGAAAUUGAGUAUCAGUCGCCAGAUCCAAGGCCUUACUGGCUGUCCCGCUUUUCGUAGGUUCUAUGAGCAGCCACCAUGGCCUCUGGGCUGGCUGAAGAGUCUGAACCGAGUCCUGGGGAGUCUGAACUGGCUGUGAACCCUUUUGAUGGGCUCCCCUUCUCCUCCAGCUACUAUGAGCUGCUUGAGCAGCGUAGAGCCCUGCCCAUCUGGGCUGCUCGCUUCCUGUUCUUGGAGCAUUUGGAGAGUAGCCCCACUGGAGUGGUGCUGGUAUCUGGGGACCCUGGCUCUGGCAAGAGCACCCAGAUUCCUCAGUGGUGUGCAGAGUUUGCACUGGCCAGAGGAUUCCAGACAGGACAGGUUACAAUCACUCAGCCCUACCCUCUGGCAGCCAUGAGCCUGGCUUCAAGGGUGGCUGAUGAGAUGGACCUGACCCUGGGUCAUGAGAUUGGAUACAGCGUCCCUCAGGAAGACUGCACUGGGCCCAACACCAUGCUCAGGUUUUGCUGGGACAGGCUAUUUCUGCAGGAAGUAGCCUCAGCCCGGGGCCCUGGAGCCUGGAGUGUGCUGAUACUGGAUGAGGCCCAGGAGCGGGAGCCUGGUGGAGAUCCCACCCUUGUCUACAAGGACACUGUCCCUACCGACCUCGUGGAAGCUGCCUGCCAAGCUGUGCUUGAGCUGUGUCAGCGGGAAGAGGCACCAGGAGACGUGCUAGUGUAUCUGCCCAGCGAAGAGGAAAUUUCUCUGUGCUGUGAAUCCUUGUCCGGGAAGAUGGGAACACUGGCUGUCCCAGGGCCUCCACCGCGGGUGCUACCCCUUCACCCCGGCUGUGCUCAAGCCAUCCAGACAGUGUAUGAAGACACAGACGUGAGUGUCCGCAGGAUCGUGGUCACUCAUUGGCUGGCCGAUUUCUCCUUCUCCCUUCCUUCCAUCCAACAUGUCAUUGACUCAGGACUGGAACUUCGCAGUGUUUACAAUCCUCGGAUCCGGGCAGAAUCCCAGGUGUUGAGACCAAUUAGCAAGUGCCAGGCAGAGGCAAGACUGCUUCGGGCAAGGGGGUUCCCACCAGGAUCCUGCCUCCGCCUGUAUUCUAAAUCUACCCUAGAACUAGAGGCUCCCCCACUGCCCCACCCCAAAGUGUGUGAAGAGAAUCUGAGCUCCCUGGUGUUGCUACUAAUGAGGAAACAGAUUGCAGAGCCAGGGGAAUGCCACUUCCUGGACCGGCCGGCUCCAGAAGCACUGAUGCGGGCCCUGGAAGACUUAGACUAUCUGGCUGCUCUGGAUGACGACGGGGAGCUGUCAGACCUCGGAGUGAUCCUGUCAGAGUUUCCCCUGCCCCCGGAGCUGGCCAAAGCCCUACUGGCCUCCUGCCAGUUUAACUGCGUGGAUGAGAUGCUUACGGUGGCCGCCAUGCUCACUGCUGCUCCUGGGUUUACCCGUCCUCCACUGACUGCGGGAGAAGCUGCCUUGCGCCGGGCUCUGGAACAUGCAGAUGGUGAUCACAGUUCCCUGAUCCAAGUCUAUGAAGCCUUUGUACAAAGUGGAGCGGAUGAAGCUUGGUGUCAGGCUCGGGGUCUAAACUGGGAGUCAUUAUGUCAAGCCCGUAAACUCCGAGCAGAGCUUGUGGAACUCAUGCAGCGGAUUGAGCUUCCCCUGUCCCAGCCAGCCUUUGGCUCUGAGCAGAAUCGCAGAGACCUUCAGAAAGCACUGCUGUCAGGAUACUUCCUCAAGGUGGCCCGAGACACAGACGGGACAGGAAAUUAUCUGCUUCUCACCCAUAAACACGUAGCCCAGCUGUCUCCAUACUGCAGCUACCGAAACCGCAGGACUCCAGCCCAGCCACCCACGUGGGUGCUGUACCACAGCUUCUCCAUCUCGAAAGACAACUGCCUUUGCAUUGUCUCUGAGAUCCAGCCUGAGAUGCUGGUGGAGCUCGCCCCUCCAUAUUUCCUGAGUAACUUGCCCCCCAGUGAGAGCAGAGACCUCCUGAACCAGCUGAGAGAAGGCCCGGCAGAGCCACCAGCAGCAGCAGCGACUGAAAUGUCCUCUCCCCGGGAGUAUGGAGAUGGUUGUGUUCUGCAGUGAGCUAACUGCCUAAGGAAUGGAGCCAACCUCAUCAGAGAGCAGUCAGCCAGACUUAAGAGACCCAAAGUGUAGGGUCAGAUAUACUCCUGGAACACAAGAGCCAAGAAGAGAACUGCUAGGAGUGGGGGAAGAGAGAGCCACAGUUCAGAACUAGCAGACUUUCCUUCUGUCCAAGGACGGACGAGGGAGCAGAUGUCGCUGGCCCCACCCAUGCUGCGCCUCACACAACCUUGUCUCCUUAGUGAGACUAUAAAAGAUUUGGGGGGGGGGAUGGAAAGAUGGCUCAGGGGUUAAGAGCACUG